AUGACGAAUCAAGUCAAAACCAAGUUAAUUGGUGGCUCGCCAAUAACGAGUGAAGUUGCUGUCGAACUUCGAACUGCUGUUUUUGGGACAACAACUGCUCCGCCACGAGGCGAAUGGACAAGAACGCCUCUCGCUUUCGGACAAGCUGCACAGCAUGUGUUUCCAAAAAUCAAGCAACCAUAUUUUCAGGAGUUGCCGUACGGAUUGCGAUGUCCCCGAAAUGCCACAAGAGGUCUUCAGUCGGUCGUUCAAGCAUUUAUCAUCAAGCAAUUUCUCUUUGAUAAUCGUCCGAAGCAGAAAUCUUUGCCGCUGGAUCAGAUGUUGAAGCCGACGGAAGCGGAACAACAACAAUCUCUAUGGACUGCAAUUGCGGAAAUUCUGUGGAAUAUUGGAGAAAAGCAAAAAGUAAUUUUGGGACUUCCGGGUGACAUUCCCCAUAUUCAACAUAGUCAUUCGUAUUUCGCGGAUGGAGUGACAGAAAAGUUGUAUUUGUUUGAAUUUACGUCGAAAGAAGAGUUGCAGAUUUUCCUCAAGCGAUAUUUGUACUUUUUCACUGAAGAUCCCGGAGCAGGAGCGAUGCUUUUGUUAUACUCAGCUGUGUUCACACGAGGAAUUCCAAAAGUUAAAACUGAUCUCGACGCGAGUAAAGGAGCUUAUUUGUUAGGACAUCAUGAGGAAGGUUCCUUGAAUAUAGUGACGUUACUGUUAAGCGGAAGAGCAACGCCAUAUCUCCAUAAUGGUGUCGUUUACGUCGGAGAUGAAGAUCAUUAUGCUUUGCCGCAAUUUGGGGUGUUAGCAAGAGCAACAAUUGGAUUUCUUGUGUUUGAAGGAGAAAAUGAGCAUCUGAAGGGGUCGAGUCGUCAACCGGGAAGUCGUCUCAAGACUCCCGCAUAUCCGAUUUGGGUCACUUUGUGUUGCGGGCAUUACGGCGUCCUCUUCAAUUCAAAUCGUGAACUGCUGCGUAACUAUCAUGCAGAGAAACGAUUUGAAUUACAUUAUUACACAUGUGCCGGAAAUUGUGUUUCGAUGACUGUGGAUAAUAGGGCGCAAGAUUUUUGCCCAUUAACGGCUAUCCAAAGACAAUCGUCUAGCACAAAUUCCAAGGAUAAACACGAAGAAAUGACAAACGCUUCGCCACUCGAACGUCUCAUUCACUGCAAAUGGCCCGAAGCAAAAGUACAAUUUCAAUCGGGACAACCGCCAUCCCUCAAUUACUAAAACCGAGAGAACGAGAGACGAGAGCUAACAGCAAAAAAAUAGAGAAAAAAUGUUACAUUUUAGCGCAAAGUCAAGGAACAUAAAAAAUGUUCUCACUUUUCAAAUAGUGCCAUAUUACUCACAAAUUUAGCGAAAAAAAAAAUAGAAAAGCUCAAUAAAAUAGUCGAAAAGUAGAAUUUUUUCCAAAAUAAUAACAAUAACUUCUUAGCGAGACAACGAUAAACAACAACACUCAACUUUAUUAACCGAAACUUGAAGUGUGAUUAAAAUAGAUCGAGAAUUUAUUUUUCAACACCCUCAACUAUCUUUUAUGGUUGGCAAGCACGAAAGCGAUUUGUUAUGAAAAA